AUGAUUGACCCAACCCAAGCUUCCCGACCCGGUCUUACCAUAGUCAGAGCAUCAUCGGAACAUGUCCCCGCCAUUAAAGCAAUGGUAGAUGCUUCAUACUCAAAGUAUAUUGAGCGCAUUGGAAAGCCUCCAGCUCCUAUGACUGCCGAUUAUGAAACGAUGAUCCAAACACACGACGUUUUUGUCUUACAAAACGAGAUGAAGGAAACUGUUGGCUCAAUUGUGCUUGGUGUUAAUCGCACCACUGAUUCUAUCGAAAUUGACAACAUUGUCGUGGAUCCUACGUCUCAAGGUCGUGGGUAUGGUCGAGUUCUACUAGACUGCGCGGAAGAGGCUGCAAGAUGCCAAGGCUGUACCGCGCUGACGCUUUAUACGAAUGUGAAAAUGUAUGAAAACCUUACGAUGUAUCCGAAGAUGGGAUUCCUGGAGACUGGAAGACGGACUGAAGAUGGAUUUGAGCGAGUUUAUUUUCGAAAAUUUUUGACUUCAUCUGAAUUAUAA